UAUUGAAUAGGCUUCAUGCAAUCACUGCAUAACAUGGAAAAUCCCGAGUUGAAUGGGCUGGAAGAAAAUCCGAAGAAGAGCUUCAAUAUGAAGCGGAUGUACUUUGCAGUUUUCCUUUUCUUUUUCAUAACCCUGCCAAUGGGUUACUACAUUUGGAAGAGGAGUCACCAAAAUGAUCUCUGUAUAAUCGAGCGGGAGGAAUGGGGAGCUGAUGAACCCAUUGCAAAAGAUUUUCUAAAUCUGCCAGCCCAAAACGUUAUUAUUCAUCAUACAGCCACUGAACAGUGCGAAACUAAGAAUGUUUGCAUACACCGCAUAAAGAUGCUUCAAGAAUACCACAUGAGUAGCAGGGAUUGGCAUGAUAUAGGCCUGAAUUUCCUAGUGGGCGGCGAUGGAGAGAUAUAUGAGGGGCGUGGCUGGGAUGUACGUGCUCAACCAGUGAGGGGCUAUGAAAAUAUAUCCAUUAGCAUUGCCUUUAUUGGUACUUUCACAAGCGUAGAGCCCAAUGCUCGACAAGUUGAGGCAGCCAAGCGGUUGAUGGAGGACGGAGUUCGCCGAAAAAAGUUGCGUUACGAUUACCACAUCUACGCCCAGCGUCAAUUUGAGCCCACUGAAAGUCCUGGCCAAAAACUAUACGAGUUGAUGAAGCAGUGGCCACGUUGGUCAACUAUUAUCAGGCAACUUCAUUAAAUAUCAAUCUUAAUUAAUAAAAGUUUCGGUAUAAAUUUAAAAAAAAUUGUAAAUGUAGUGUUAUUCUUUUUAUAACAAUUCCAA